AGCAAUGCUUUUAAACUGUCCUCCCGGUUCAUCUCUUUAAGAUAUUUUUUCAUCUUGCCGUUGAAGCUGGGGAGUCGAAGGGUUGUUAUUAUUAUUUUUUUCUCUCCCUUAUCUUUCUUUCUCCCCUUUGCAGAACUUGGGGAAGGAAGGUCCUCGCGCCCGAAAACCCUCUCGCUUUUCAAGCCUCCCCCUCGCCUUUUAAAAGAAUACGAUCUUAGCGACCUACCUUGCUCUGAUUUUAUUUUUAUUUUAUUUUUUUAAAAGCAUCAGCCGCGUUCUUCUUCUUUUUUUUUUCUUUCCUUGGUGCUGAAACUCUUUCUCUCUCUUUUCGUUUGGAUCUCCGCCCACGGAAAAGAGGGAAAGAAAAAAGAGGGGAAGAAACACCAUGAAGUGUUAAAAAAAAAAAAAAGACAGACAGACAGACAGCAAGAAAGAAAGCCAAACAAUCCUUUUCAAAUCAACGAGGAACCGCUAAGUAACCUUUCCCUAUAAAACUGCCUUUGCGGAGCUGCAGAAAGAGAGAGCGCGAGCGAGAGAGAGAGAGAGCCGCGAGCUCGCAGAGGAGAAAAGGGGAGGGAAGAAAGAGAGAGAGAGUGAGUGAGAGAGAGAGAGAGGAGGGGAGGGGAGGGGAAAGAGAGAAAGAAAAACGAAAGAAAUCGAGGCGGCCGGAUGCAAAAGGCGAGCAAAUAGCACGAGCGAAGAGGAGGAGGAGGAGGAGGCAGCAGCAGCGAAGGCACGGCCGCUCCGCGGGUUGCCGGCUGCAGCCGAGCGGCUCUUUUGUCAAGAGGGGAGCCUCCGAGCCCGGGUGCGAGGCGCUGUUUGCUGCUGCUGCUGCUGCUACUAGCUAGCUGGCUGGCUGGCUGAAUCCCGGCUCUCUCCGGCAGAGCGAGCGAAGCAAGCGGAGGAGGAGCAGAGCGCAGCUCCGGACAGCAGCUUUCCCGAGGCUCCCGCGAGGCGACCCAGCAAACUGGCUCAUCCGCUGGCAAGUCAGAGCAGCCCCCUGGCUCCGGGAGCUCACGCUUUCUGGAGGACGGGCGGCGGCGGCGUUGGCGUUGGCGGCGGCGGCGGCAAGAGGAUGGCAUCGGACCUGGCCCUGCACAGCGCCGACCUGCCCACUAGUCCCUUGGCCAUGGAAUAUGUUAAUGACUUCGAUCUGAUGAAGUUCGAAGUGAAAAAGGAGCCGGUGGAGACGGACCGCAUUAUCAGCCAGUGCGGCCGCUUGAUCGCUGGGGGAUCGCUCUCGUCCACCCCGAUGAGCACGCCGUGCAGCUCGGUGCCUCCGUCGCCCAGCUUCUCGGCUCCGAGCCCGGGCUCCGGCGGCAGCGAUCAAAAAACUCACUUGGAAGAUUAUUACUGGAUGACCGGCUACCCGCAGCAGCUGAAUCCGGAGGCUUUGGGCUUCAGCCCCGAAGACGCGGUGGAAGCCCUGAUCAACAACAGCCACCACCAGCUUCAGAACGCGGCGGCCGCGGCUGGCUUCGAAGGCUAUGCUAGAGGGCAGCAGCUGAGCGGCGGAGGCGGCGGAGGCGGAGGAGGCGGCGGCGGCUCGGGGGGAGCUGUGCCGCCGGACGAGAUCGGUUCGGCGGCCGCCGUGGUGUCGGCGGUGAUCGCGGCCGCGGCGGCGCAGCAGCAGCAACAGCAGCAGCAGAACGGCGGCGGCGCGCCUCACUAUCACCAUCACCAUCACCACCACCCGCCCGGCCACCACCACCACCAUCAUCCGCAGCCGCAGCAGCCGGGCAGCGUGCAGUCUUCGGCCAGCAGCACCAGCAGCAGCACCAGCGGCGGCAGCAGCGGGGGAGGCGGCGGGGGUCUCCACCACCAGCACCACGGUGGCAGCGGCGGCGGCUUGCAUUUCGACGACCGCUUCUCCGACGAGCAGCUGGUGACCAUGUCGGUGAGAGAGCUGAACCGGCAGCUGCGGGGCGUCAGCAAGGAAGAGGUGAUCCGGCUGAAACAGAAACGACGGACCCUGAAAAACCGAGGCUACGCGCAAUCCUGCCGCUUCAAGCGAGUCCAGCAACGGCACGUCUUGGAAUCCGAGAAGAACCAGUUGCUCCAACAAGUGGAACAUCUGAAGCAGGAAAUCUCCAGGCUGGUCCGGGAGAGGGACGCCUACAAGGAAAAAUACGAGAAAUUGGUCAGCAGCGGGUUCCGGGAAAACGGUUCCAGCAGCGACAAUCCCUCUUCUCCAGAAUUUUUCAUGUAUCCAAGAGAAUCCUCUACAACGGUGAUGUGAGAGUUUCCUGUUGCCUGGAGCCUGAUAAGAUAACAUGAUGCCGGUUUGCAGAUGGCUUACAACGAUUUCCUGGCAUGAAGAGUAAAGCUACAAAGCACAAAACAAUGGGGAAAAAUAUAUAUAUAAAAACCUACAGACAAAUGAACUUGGGAUAGAACAAGGAAAAACAAAAGUGAAUUUUCAUGGCGUCGAAGAAUUCUUUAUUUUUCCUCAAGUUUUCUUUUCUUAAAAAAUAAACAAAAAUAAACAAAAGGAACCAAGACAUUCACAGGAACCAUUUCUCUUCAGGUGACAGUACUCAAGCAUGUUCUUUUAUUACAUUUAAAUUGAAAAAAAAAAAAAGAAAAACUGAAUGAACAAUAGUGCUGAGUGAACUGGGGCCAAUGGUGAUGAUAUUUGCUGUACACAUCCAACUUUCCUUAAAAUUCUCAACUUUUAAUCCCUCUGGUGAUUUUACACUCUAUGUGUUUGUAAAGAAACGAGUUCACCCUGCAGUAUUUAGAGAAUGGUUUGCAAAUGUAUCUUUUAAUAUCAUAUUUUAUGGAUAUUGUACUAUAUAUAUAUUUAACUAGAAUGGGCGUAACCUGGACUUCGAGAAUCUUCUCCUUCUAGGCAAAGUGGUUUUCAUUUGCUAUCAAGAAGACUUUUCGAUUAUUUAAUACUUGGGAUUGUUUUACUGAACAUUUAAGUGCAGGAAGCAAAACCAGUCAUGGACUAUUCUCCUUAAGAGAGGAGAAUCCAAAUAACAAACUGAAAUUCCUAGGGGGUUAUUUUAAGUCUUAUGUGUGUUUUAUUUUUCCAAGCGGAGUAUAGAAAUCAAACUUCUCCAAGGGCCAAUUCAACCCAUUGCACAAAAGUAAAUUUUUUUUAGUCCUGCUACCAAGCAUCCAUUAUAGCAGGGAGCAGGGAUAUCCCUGGUGUGUGUACCUGUUUUAAAACAUACAGUCAGGCACUUCACACUUUAUUUUCCUAGCUGUGCACUGAAAACAAACAAACAAACAAAAAAGAAAGCACGGGGGAAGUGGCAUUAUGCUUACCAAAUUGUAAUGUGCAAUUCAGCUUCCGUUUCUUCCCCCCCCCCAAAAAAAUACUUAUUCUCUGACUUUUUCUAGGGCCUCCGUUGGAUAUUUCCUUCUCUAUCUUUUUUUAUUUUAAAUGAGUUCAAACUAUAAUCAUGGCAAACAAAGCUAAGAGAAUUGAGCCUAUCUCUGCCUUUUUUAAAAAAAACAAACAAAAUAGUUCAGACACCAAUCGUAGGAAGCAAAGUUGAGAGAAUUAAGCCUAGCAAAAUUAUGCUCUCCAUUAGCCCCAAUACCAUUUCAUUUAACAGCUAACUAAUCUGCAGCUCUAACCUUCUAGACGAUAGGAUUGGAAGCCUUCCACUAUUGGCACGUUUCUUUCACUCCACCUCCCCAACACCCCCACCCACCCACUCUCCGUCUGAGAGUAUAUAAUCUCUGCACUCUGCGUGUGCUGGUCUUUCUCCUCCUUACUUGCCCUGCCUGCCAAUUCUUUCCUGGAUCAGCUUCUCGCUGAGGUCCCACAAGGCAGCCGCAUCCAUUCCGUUC